AUGUUCGAUAAAUUGUUACGGGAAGAGGCAGAUUUCAAACAGAAAGGCUCUGGAUGGUCGCUUAAGGUAAUAGAAACAAUGCAGUUAAGAAUCAAUAUAGUGAAUCCUCUCAAAGGAGGAACAUAUAUUGAUUUACCCAAACAUGUUAAAGAUAAAAGAGCGAUUAUCAAUAUUGAUCAGAAUACUCAACCGUGUGAAAGUAAGCUUUGGGGUGUGAAAGGAUUAAAUGAACAUCAGCGUAAUUGUGGAAAGAAUCCUUUAGGGAGACCUAUAAUGUUUGAAAAGGGAGAUGAUGAUUUCAUCUAUUUCAAAGGUUAUAAAAAAACCCAGAGGAUUCCAUUUGUAAUUUAUGCAGAUUUUGAAUGUUUAUUAACUCCCAAACAGCCCAAUGAAUUCAUUAAAAAAUGUAAAAAACAGAAAACUCAUGUUACGCAUUUGCAUGAGAUUAUGAGUUACGGGUUUUAUGUAAAAGUUGACUAUAAUAUUAUUUCAAAAGAGCUGGUAAAACUUUUCAACAUUCCGAGGAAGGUUAUUAUUUAUAGAGGUGAAAAGGCUGCAAAAAAGUUUAUGAAAAAUAUGAUUGAAAUCGGGAAUAGUAUCAAUAAAAUUUAUCAAAUUAAUACACCGAUGAUAAAAUUAACUGGAAAAGAAGAAGAACAUUUUCAAAGAACUAAAUUUUGCGAAAAAUGUUUAAAACAUUUUAAAAACAACAAUUUAAUCAAAGUCCGAGACCAUUGUCAUUUUACCGGUAAAUAUAGACAAUUUCUCUGUCUUCAGUGUAAUUUUGAAAUAACAACUCCAUCAUUUGUUCCGAUUUUUUUCCACAAUUUGUCGUAUGAUAGCCACUUUAUUAUUCGAGAACUUGGUUGCGAUGAUAAAGAUAUUCAUAUUAUCCCAAAUUCUUCAGAAAAAUAUAUAUCAUUUAGCAAGGAAAUCGCACCUAGGUUCAGCAUAAAAUUUGUUGAUACGUUCCGUUUUAUGAGUGAAUCGUUGAGUAAACUUGCAACCAAUUUAUCCGAAGAUAAGACAAGGUUUAGGGAAACUCUCAAAAUAUUUUCCAUGCAAUCGUUAGAUCUAGUUACCCGGAAAGGAGUCUUCCCAUAUGAAUAUGUUGACAGUUGGAGUAAAUUAGACAAUGCUUUUUUACCGACAAAGCUGCAAUUCUACAACUCUCUAACUGACGAGAACAUAAGUAAUGAAGAUUACAUACAUGCAAAAAAUGUAUGGAAUACAUUUGACGUAAAGACUUUGGGUGAAUAUAGCGAUCUUUAUUUAAAAACUGAUGUUACCAUACUAGCUGACGUGUUCGAAAAUUUUAGAGACAUAUGUUUAUCUACUCUCAGAAUAGAUCCUGCUCAUUAUAUGACUGCCCCUGGAUUUGCUUUUGAUUGUAUGCUUAAGUAUACAAAGGUUAAAUUAGAGAGGUUAAAGGAUUAUAAUAUGUUACUCUACUUCGAAAAAUCAAUCCGAGGCGGUAUUUGUCAAUCAACUAAAAGAUAUGCUAAAGCAAACAUACCAAAUAUUGAAGGAUUGGAUUAUAAUUCGAAUGAACCAAUUACUUGGAUUACAUAUCUCGACUGUGUAAAUUUGUAUGGGAAGUCUAUGUUAACAGAAUUACCUUUUAAAGAUUUUGAAUGGGUCGAUAAUCUCGACAUAGAUGUAACUAAAAUUCCUGAUGAUUCUGAAGUAGGAUAUAUAUUAGAAGUUGAUAUCGAGUACCCUAAACAUUUACAUAAAACCCAUAAUGAUUUCCCGUUUUUACCGUUUAACGAAUGUCCACCAAAUUCAAAAGUUGAGAAAUUGUUAACUACUUUGUCAUCGAAAAAAAACUAUAUUGUACAUUACAAAAAUUUAAAACAAGCGAUUUCUCACGGACUUAAAGUAGUAAAAAUUCAUCGAGCUAUCCGUUUUUUACAAAAAAAAUGGAUGGCAUCGUAUAUUGAGUUUUGUACAAAAAUGAGGGCAGAAGCAAAAAAUGAGUUUGAAAAAAAUUUCUGGAAGUUGUUAAUUAAUAGUGUUUUUGGUAAAUGUAUGGAGAAUGUUCGAGCAAGAACUUCUAUAAAACUGGUUUCAUCAGAAAAAAAAGCGAACAAACUAAUGGUAAAAACUAGUUUUAAAGACAGAACCAUAUACUCUAAGAAUCUCAUGGCUAUUCACCAACAUAAGGAAACUAUUAAAUUCGAUAAGGCAAUUUAUGUAGGAUUUGCAAUUUUAGACGUUUCGAAAACAUUUAUGUACGAUUUUCAUUAUAAUGUUAUGAAGAAAAUGUAUGGUACUAAAAUUAGUUCUUUAUAUUCGGAUACUGAUUCCUUGAUAUACGCUAUUCAAACUACAAAUUUUUUCAAUGAUUUAAAAAAUAAUUUAUUACCAUAUUUUGAUACAUCUAAUUAUCCUAAAGACCAUUAUUGUUUUAACGAAUUACAUAAAAGCCAACCAGGCUUUUUUAAGGAUGAAUUAAAAGGAGUAAUAAUUAAAGAAUUCGUUUCAUUAAGACCGAAAUUAUAUGCGUACAAAACUGUAGACGGUACUGAGGAAAAAAAAGCGAAAGGUGUAAAGAAAUAUAUUAUUAAAAAACAUAUGCAAUUCGAUAAUUAUAAGGAUAUACUAAAUGCUUUUAUAAACCAUUUAUAUGUUAAGGAUAAAUUAACUCAUAGAUCCAUGAAUUUUAUCCAAUCAAACAAACAUGUUGUUCAUUCGAAAACAAUGAACAAACUUGUUUUAAGUGCUAAUGAUGAUAAACGUCAUAUAAAUGACGAUGGGAUAAAUACUUUGGCUUAUGGACACUAUAAACUGAAAACAUUAUACAAUUAA